GGUUUUACUUUCGUUAUUUCGCUACCAAAUUCUUGCUAAAUUUCUACGGUUUCGUGUGGUUUGUGCUUCGUUUGAGACUUCAACACCAGUUUCACAAGACCAAAAUCAGAAUUUGAGGAGAUGUCUUCAGAAGGAACAAUGAGUGUGGUAGGAAGUGAGGUGAUGCCCUUGGAGUAUGGUGGCAUGGACUCAGAGAGUAGUCCGUCUCCGUCUAGUUCAGAAAGGACAGUGGAGGAGAGGAGGGAGCAAGGGGCAGUGGAAGAGGAGGAAGAAGAAAUUCCCUCAAAUAUUAUGGAGGUUGAGGGGAAUACAGAUAGGUGUUAUGACCCAGAGUUGGACGUAGUGUCUGAGGUGAGGGAGUAUAGGAGUGAAUUAGGUAGUAGGGGUAGCUUUAGGGGCCUCGUAGGUAACUGCAAUCUCCCUUACCAUGUGCUAAUUAGACCUGCCGGGGUGAAUGAGAGAGCAUGCUCAGCACCCCGAGACCAUUGGAUGCCCAUGUAUGUCCAUUAUUUGGCAGCAGGGCUUAGGGCUAGGGGUAAGGGUGAGAAGGAGUGGUACUACUUCGGACCUUGGACGUCAAGCAAAGAGAAUAGGAGUUUAUUCACUGCUGGACCGUCAUUCAUUAAAGGAUGGAAACAAAAAGAUGAAGAAGGCAAGGCAGCCGUUGGGUUUUUGCGGGUGGAGGAAGAUGAGGAAGGCAUAGGUGCUGGGUUCGAAAUAACUCAGCAAGCAAUCGAACCCAGCAGCCGCUGGGUUCCUGCAGGUGCUGGGUUCAAUUUUGAACCCAGCAGGCACUGUGUUCAAGCUGGGUUCCUGCAGGUGCUGGGUUUGAUUUCGAACCCAGCAGGCACUGAGUUUCGUUUCGAACCCAGCAACCGUUGGGUCAAUGGAUUUGUUGAGUUCCAUUUGUUUAUUGAUCUGUUGUCUGUUGGGUUCUGUUUCAAACUCAGUCAAUGGAUUUGUUGAGUUCGAUCUAUUUAUGGAUUUGUUAUCUGUUGUGUUAUCCUUAUAUUCUUGCAGGUGUUAGAUUCGAUUUCAAACCUAGCAAGCGAUGGGUUUUGUUUUCAACCCAACUACAGUUGGAUCGAAGGAUCUAUUGAUUUUUAUCUGUUGGUUUGUUGUGUUAUUGUCGAAUUUAAUAGGUUUAAGUAUCAUUUUGGUCCCUCAACUUUUCACUUUGGUACCAAAAUUGUCCCUCAGCUUUAAAAAGUACUAAAAUUAUCCUUAAACU